AUGUUUGAUUCAACAGAACGCAGGCUAGUAGAAUGUACAACCUCGAUCUAUUCAUUUGGAACCAAAGUCUUGGAGGCCAAGGAGUUGCAGCAGGCUGCUGUGAUAGACAACAAGUGUGUGUACAAUUUUGAGUUUGUGAACCAAUUCUUUGGUGCAUUUCUGAAUGGGAUUCGGAGCCUGACGACAUGGGGCGAGAUUGAAAUUGCACUCAAGAACUUGUCGGUAGUACAGGUCUUUGAAGAUAAGGACUCGAGGUUUGAGAGCCCCGCACCAUUACUAGUGAUGGCAUUUGACUUUGAACGAGGACAGGGUGAUGUGGAAACCUUCUUUAUAGCAGAUGGCUCAGACAUGCUCGAAACCACUGUAUGCUGA